CCGGCGGGCGGCGCUGGGGGCAGCGUGGGGUUCGGUCCUGCAGCCGCGCGCUCCCCGCUCGGCUCCCGGCCGGCACCGGGCGCCGGGAACCAGGAAGCGGCGUGGGGCGGCGUGGGGCGCGCGGAAUGGCGGGGCCCGGCUGGGGCCCCCCGCGGCUGGACGGCUUCAUUCUCACCGAGCGCCUGGGCAGUGGCUCGUACGCCACGGUGUACAAGGCCUACGCCAAGAAGGACACACGUGAGGUAGUAGCCAUCAAGUGUGUGGCCAAGAAGAGUCUGAACAAGGCAUCUGUGGAAAACCUCCUGACAGAGAUUGAGAUCCUUAAGGGCGUCCGACACCCCCAUAUCGUACAGCUGAAAGACUUCCAGUGGGACAGUGACCACAUCUACCUCAUCAUGGAGUUCUGUGCGGGGGGUGACCUGUCCCGCUUCAUCCAUACCCGUAGGAUUCUUCCGGAGAAGGUGGCUCAAGUUUUCAUGCAGCAGUUGGCUAGUGCCCUGCAGUUUCUGCAUGAACGGAACAUCUCUCACCUGGAUCUGAAGCCACAGAACAUUCUGUUGAGCUCCUUGGAGAAGCCCCACCUUAAACUGGCAGACUUCGGCUUUGCACAACACAUGUCCCCGUGGGAUGAGAAGCAUGUGCUCCGUGGCUCCCCGCUCUACAUGGCCCCUGAGAUGGUGUGUCAGCGGCAGUACGACGCCCGUGUGGACCUCUGGUCCGUGGGGGUCAUCCUGUAUGAAGCCCUCUUCGGGCAGCCCCCCUUUGCUUCCAGGUCGUUCAUAGAGCUGGAGGAGAAGAUUCGGAGCACCCGAGUUAUUGAGCUCCCUCUGCGGCCCCCGCUCUCCCGAGACUGCCGGGACUUGCUGCAGCGGCUCCUGGAGCGGGACCCCAGCCGCCGCAUCUCCUUCCAGGACUUCUUCGCCCACCCCUGGGUGGACCUGGUGCACAUGCCCAGCGGAGAGAGCCUGGCGCGAGCAACCGCCCUGGCAGUGCAGGCUGUGGAGAAGGACCACGCAGGGGACGCUGCGGCCGCUUUCUCCCUCUACUGCAAGGCCCUGGAUUUCUUCGUGCCUGCCCUCCGCUAUGAGGUGGAUACCCAGAGGAAGGAGGCGAUUAAGGCAAAGGUGGGGCAGUAUGUGUCUCGGGCCGAGGAGCUCAAGGCCAUCAUCUCCUCCAGUCGGGCCCUGCAGAGGCAGGGAACCUCUGCCCGGGACCUGCUCAAAGGGAUGGCCUGUGACAAGCCGCGCCUCCUGGCUGCCCUGGAAGUAGCUGCAGCUGCCACAGCCAAGGAGGAGGAGGCCGGUGGGGAGCAGGAUGCGCUGGACCUGUACCAGCAGGGCCUGGCCGAACUGCUGCUGCUGCUGGCAGCGGAGCCCCCGGGCCGGAGGCGGGAGCUGCUUCACACCGAGGUCCAGAACCUCAUGGCUCGAGCUGAAUACCUGAAGGAGCAGGUCAAGGUGAGGGAGUCUCACUGGGAAGCUGAGACCCUGGACAAAGAGGGGCUUCUGGAGUCUGUUCGAGGCUCCUGCUCCCUGCAGUGACCCCAGAAGAUGACUGGAUGGAUGACUGGAGCUGGGGGACACUCCCAUGCCAACGCCCAGAAUCCUGCAGAGCAGGCUUCCUGGACAGGCAUCUCCGAGAGCCCCCACAUGCCAGGGUGCCCAGCCCCCCUCAGGAUAGUCGUCCCCAGAAGAGGGUCUGACGGCCCAGGUUGUGUGCCGGGAGCACUCGGAGGAGAGCAGAACUCCGGGAAGGUUUCUUUCAUGUGACUUUUGUUACUUGGUGGUUGCUGGGUCCUGAGCCUGUGGAUUUGGGGCAUCAGGCUUUUCUGUGUUUGCUCUGAUAAAGAGGGCAGGGGGCCCCUGCAGGGCAGUUCUGCUCUUGCGCCCUCCCUGCCAGUGGGCAGCCGCACGCUGUGCCUGCCCUGCCCUUCCUGGAAGCCUGUAUUGCAGCGUACCCCCUUCCUUACACCAGAAAGGUCCCUCCCACAUAUGCACUCAGCCCCACAAAGUCACCAGUCCUCCUGGGAGUUGACCCCAACCUACCCUCUCAGUAUUUAAGAUAAUCCUUCAAGCAGGGAAAUAAUAUACUUUGCAGGGGUGGGGCAAUUUUGAGAAACCCAUGCCUUGUUCCUGCCUUGGCCCAGGGGGCCCAUGGGGAAGGGUCCAAAGUCUCCAUCCCUCUUACCGCCAUCCCUCAAUCUCUCUUUGGGGAGCACCCUCCGUUUGCCUUAGAACUGUUCCUGGCCUGGGAAGGGGAGACCUAGGGGCUGCCUGACCCAUCAAGCUUUGGGGGAGCCAGCAAUCUAGGGGACAUGGUUCUAGGUCCGACACUGCUACUGUUCCAGUGUGGGGCCCCAGGCAAGCCCUUCCCCUCUCUGGUCCUAGGUCUCCCCAUCUUUCCAGUGCCACAGCCAGGAUCUCAGCCUCUAACAUGGGCCUUUAGGAGGACAAAGGACUUUAAUCUGGAGACGAAUGUACACACCUAGAGUUAUUUGGGGUUUCUUUUUAAAAAAUUAGAGGGUGUUUGUGAUUUGUAACCCUCUGCUCAAUGCCUCCCUGGCGCAAGAGUUUGUCUUCCCUGCAGGAGGCUGGAUGUAAAGAAUCUAACUCUUGUUUCUCUAUUAAAUUAUUUUCUGAA